AUGAAGGUCCUACUUUUCUGCUUUGGCGCCCUGAUAUGCGCCCUUUCUGCGCCAACAGCGUUGGCUGCUGCAGAGGAUUCGACCUCCAGCACCCUUCCGCACACCACAAAUGAGCGGCUAUGCAACGAAAACGAAGGCACCUUCAGUGCAACCUCGGAGCCGGGAAGGCAACAAGUUACUUCAGGGGGAGCCACAACGAGGCAUUUGCAGGCUUGGCGGUCUCGUGGUGGCGCUCGUAGCUAUUCAAACGGUUACACGCCUAGCUACAGCAGCACUGGGAGUUCAGGCUACACCUCACCCACCUACACAAUGAGAAGCAGUCCGUACAGUGGAACUUACGCUGCUUCCAGUACAUACUCCCGGGCAACGCCGACGUAUUCCAGCACAGGGGUUUCUUAUCCAUCCAGCACAAGCAGCGGAACAACCUACUACAGCGGUGGAAACAGUGCAACCACAUAUACAGCAGGUGGCCUUUCAAGUCCAACUUAUACAGGAACUAGUAGGUCAACUACUACAUACACAGGAAGUAGUAUGUCGACCCCUACCUACACAGGAAGCAGUGCCUCUACUCCCACGUAUGUAGGUUAUUCUGGCGGCUCGCGUGCGACGGGCGGCACGCCAUACAUGAGGUCAAGCAGCACUCCAUAUUAUAGUACUAGCAGUAGCCAGCCUUCCUACAGUGGCACAACAUACAGUGGCUCCAACAUGUCAUUCAGUGGAGCGACAACUGCAACGUAUAGCGGGGUGUCUGGCGGUUCUGGUGCGGGCAGGGCGUUCAUGACUAGCCCUGCCUCAGCAGUGAGAACCGUUUACCCUAGUGGAAGCAGCAGUGUCAUGGCCUCCACUGCUAGCCCAGUUGAUGGUGCUGGUCGCGUGACACCAAUGCAUAGCAGCAGCACACCCACACCCAACAGCGGUCCCGGCGAAAGCACGAGUGGGGCUCUGCGCUCAAGGUCAGGCAUACCAGCAAGGGCCUCUUUCGGUGGGGGCUCUAGCAGUGCUGUACAAGGCGCAACGACCGCUUCAAGGGCCCGUGGGAGGACUUCUGGCUUCACCCAUUCGGCGGCAACAAGACCCAGCCCACCAAGCACGCCAGCUACCCACAACUCAUCUGGCAGUGGCAUAACCUCGACCCAAUCAGCCAGCACAAACACGCCUUCCCCUGCAGCACCUGUGCCUGAAACUAACGUGCAGAGGGGUAAUAGCAGCUUUCGCUCAUUCAACGGGGCCUCGACUGUAACCCCCGUAGCCCAACAGCAACAGGCGCAGGGGGCUACUACCUAUUACCUUCGCGAGGCUGACGGGUCAUUAACUCCAAUCGAACCUCCUCCGUACGAUCAGAUGAAGCCGGAUUCCUACUACACGGAUCUCUACCUGACUGACAAGCCCAUUAGAUUUGAGAAUCAUGCCACCAAAGAGCAGCAAUUUAAAAGAGAGCUUGAAAAGGCCCACGCAACCAAUAUCGAAAUUGAAAGUCGCCAACCAAAGCAAGGCGUUAUGAGCCUUCCAGUCACGGUGGAGAAGAAGGGAGUAAUGUAA